CAACGACUUCAACUUCUUCUAGGAGCGGCGCAGAUAAUCGAGGAACUCUCUGGGAUGGGGGAGUCAGUCAAGGAGACGAACGUGACGAUGUGGCGCAAAACUGUUGAGGAGGCAAAGACAUUGUUGGAAGAAAUUUGCGAAUGGUCUCAACUUUCUUGCAAGACUCAACGUUUUGAUUUUAGCCUUACCAAAAAGAAAGCAAAGCAGGUGUGGUUGGAUGGUCUAGACAUCCUGAACCGAAUGAGUGAAUCUAACCGGGGAGCGUGUCUGGAGACCAUGUGGCAGUGGGCUCGGAACAACUAUGGGUGCAACGACGACGGCUCGCUCCAAAAACCAUCGGAGUACAUGGUGAUUUAUGGAGUCAAGAAGAACUAGUGACAAGUCUAUGGCAUUGUUUUAC